AUGGGCGCCUUCAUUGACGGCAUUGGUGUUAUCAGUGGGGCUCUGGGCAUUAUUCAGUUCGCCAAAGACAACAUUCCGUCAGACCCCCCCGUUGGCGCCGCAAUCCGCGUCAAGCUUGGACUUGGCACAAAAGGCGACACUCAUGGAAUUGAAGGAGACGUUGCUGCCACCUAUGCCUGGGAUACCAACAACGAGUAUCUUGGCAAGUCUGGCGGAGCUUAUAUCAAGGCUGGUGAUAUCCACGACUUUACGAUUGAUCAGGACUCCGGUGGCACUCGCGCUGAGUACGUCGGCGUAUCAGCUGCAAAGGAUGCAGUCUGCAUUUCCUGGAUCACGGUGAAGAUGCAUGAUGAAACCGAAGGCGGCGCUUGGACCGGGGACGUUGGAUAUCAAUGCGGACAGCAUUGGUACCAUCAGUCGGAGAGUGCUGGCUCUAUCAAGGAAGGUGGCGAUGAUUAUAUUCCUCGAUGCACCUGGCUCGAUGAAGAUCACACCAACGGGAAGCCCAGCGCGGCCAUGAAGUUCAAGACAACGGCCUACGGCAAAGAGGUCAAAGACACAGUCGACAAGAAGAAGGGAUGUGACUUUACAAAAUGGGGAGCCGACAACGGUCCUAUUACUGACAAACCUGGCAAACGCGCCAUAAAGCCUCGCCAGGCAUGGAUGGACGAUCAUCUGGUCGUAUCCAACGUUACUCAGCACUCGACCGAGGAGCUUUGCUCAUCCGAGACAUCUUGGGGUCCUGAUUUUAUCGGCAGCGACGGUUACUUCUGCGACAUGAGCUCUAAGACUUUGACCCCUCUCUGUUCCAAGCACAAUGUGGAUGGCUGCAUCAAUCUCCAUGACGACGACAAAGCAAUCAGCAAGCGCAGCUCUGUCGCUAAGCGCGUGGUGAAUUCGCCCCACAAGUCUUAUGGUACAGUAACCCAUUGGGAUUGA